GACUCUCCGCGUCCCGACUCCCCGGCGGGGUGGCGGCGGCCGGGUCCCCACGGUGGCGGCCGGAGCAGCGGCAGCAGGAGCCCGGCUCUAGGAUGAAGUUCAAGCCCAACCAGACGCGGACGUACGACCGCGAGGGCUUCAAGAAGCGGGCGGCCUGCCUGUGCUUCCGCAGCGAGCAGGAGGACGAGGUGCUGUUGGUGAGUAGCAGUCGGUACCCGGACCAGUGGAUUGUCCCAGGAGGAGGGAUGGAGCCAGAGGAGGAGCCUGGCGGUGCUGCUGUGAGGGAAGUAUAUGAAGAGGCUGGAGUCAAAGGAAAACUAGGCAGACUCCUGGGAGUAUUCGAGCAGAACCAAGACCGGAAGCACAGAACGUAUGUUUAUGUUCUGACAGUCACUGAAAUAUUGGAAGACUGGGAAGACUCUGUAAAUAUAGGAAGGAAGAGAGAGUGGUUCAAAGUAGAAGAUGCAAUCAAAGUUCUUCAGUGUCAUAAGCCUGUCCACGCAGAGUAUCUGGAGAAACUAAAGCUGGGGUGUUCUCCAACCAACGGAAAUUCCACGGUCCCUUCCCUCCCAGAUAGCAAUGCCUUGUUUGUGAGUGCUGCACAGCCCUCUGGGGUGCCAUCCAGUAUAAGAUAGAGAGCUGGGGGCCCUUCCCCCACAGUGUCAUGUCACAGACAUGAGGGAGAGGCUUCUCUUUUCUUCUAACACAUCUGACUGCUGCUGGCACUCUGAAUUGGCCAUGCAGGGAUUCCAAUAGUUUGCAUGUGUUUCAGAUGCUUUCAAGUCUUUUAAAAUAAACAACAAAAUAGCAUAAAAAACAUUUUAAGAUGCCAAAGCCAUGUGGGAUUUCUUUUAGAGCCUUAAUUGUAACUUUGGUUUUCAUUUUUUUUAAUGGCCCUUCCCUCCCCCUCCCACUUGACAUCAUUCUGUGGUUUGUUUUGCCAGGUCAGAUAAGUUGUCGGGUAUAUAUUUUCACACACACACACACCCCUUUUCUUACAGUAUCAAAUAGUCACCAGAUCUUUGUGUUGGGAACUGAGAAAGAUUCUCAGUAUUUAAAGAAAUAUAUCCACCUCAGAACAUGUUUAAAAAGGCCGUAAUCUCCAUUUGUAAACUGCAGAUUUGGGCUGUUUUGUUUUUGGUUUUUUGGUAUGGUCCUAUAACCUUUGACAAAGUACUUCAGAUCACUAUUUCUAAGAUUGAAUGUUCACAAACAGUAUUAUAUCACUGUCAACCUACUGUGAAUAUUUCCCCUCUAACAGUAGUGAUUCAAUAUAAAAUAUAAAGUUCAUCGUUUUAGGGAAAUACUGUCAGCAACUUGCAUGUGGUUGAGUGCCUCUCAUCCUGAAAAUGUAUUUAUAGAAAUUUAUUUAGCAUGCUUAGUUGCCAGUUCCCUUUCUAAUCCUUUUAACAUAUAUAUAUAUUACGGCCACAUUUCCCUCAAUGGAGACUGCUCUUAAAAUGCAUUUUUCAGAUUUAGUGACAUCUCCAGUUAAACUGUCAGUUGUACCGCAGGAUUAUAAUGUAGCCUUCAGUCCCAGUCAGCGAUGGCUGCUAAUCAAAUGGCCAUUCCUGUUCAGCCUUUCCAGGCCUAAGAAGAGAGCACAUUUGAAAGUACAUUUCCCGUUGUAUGAGUGUCGGUGAGUGGUCUGUCAUGUCAGUUACCUGGGGGGAGCUAGAACACAGGAGCCAAGACACCUUGUCUUUGCUCAAUUCUGUGAAAGAGUACCUGAUCUGAAACUCCUGUACGUCCUCUGAGGUCAGAAGGGAAGGGGGAAAGGAAAGAAAACAGAUGUGUGAUGGGGAAGAGGAAAAGAUCAUUCUUUAUGUAGCCAUUGUUAACCUUUUGUAAAUAUCCUAACUGGCAAGUAUAAAACAGGGAAGUACAUUAAGACAUUUGUUGUGUAACUUUUAAACCUUUAAAAUGUAGUCGCUGCUGAAAAUGGUCCUUCCAUGUAAGGAAAACUGGUUUUGAAGAUGAGUUUGUGCCACAAAUGCAGCGGAACUAAAUAAAAACAUUAGUUUAUAAAUUAAUGCUGUCAGAAAAAGAAAUGAGUAAAGCAGAAAAACUCAGCCAGUAGCAUUCACUCUGAAUUAUGUAGUGUGUCACACAUGAUCGUUCAGACCUUUUAUAUUUUUCUCUGUACAGGUCGUGUAUUCUGGUCUUUUGUUUUUUAUAAAGGAAACAUUUUAAAAUCCACAGAUUGACAUUUUCUAUCGGUUGCCAAUAGCCCUUCCCUCCCUCACACAUCUCUGCAAUUUCUCUAAGUACUAAACACAACAGAGACUGGACUGCUUUGUAUAGAAUACUGCUUCCAGCUAACAAACUAUCACCAGUGCUUGGGGGUUUCUAUGUACAUGAUAUUCUCAGAGGUAACCGUGCAUGAACUUAUUUUAUAAACUCUUGGACUGUGUAUUGCCAUGUAAAAUAUGUACAGUAUUAAUGUCAGCCAUCUCUUUAAAAGUUAGCCUAUAAAUAUUGUUGUAUAAUUUCUUCGGUCAGAAACAUUUGGACUAAGCCAUGUCACCUGAGUCAGGAUUUUCUUCAGUGCCAUUUAGCAAACCAACUAUCUUUAGUCUAUGCAAGUAGCAAAGAAGUUUCAGAAUGCAGCUUCACUUCUCGGUGCCACCGAGGGCUCCGUAUUGCUCUUCUGGAACCCAGACCAGCAAGAUUGUAGAGGAAAAGAAGUAAGGUGAUUCAGUUCUCUUAAGAAUUAGUUGGAUCUCCUAAAGGUGGUGUCUACCAUCUGAGCCCUCUGCGGUGUGCAGUGCUGAAACGGCUGUUUGUGCUUAUUCGGGAAGUAGCUGAAUGAAAUUGGGCAGCUAAGUUCUUCAGUUCCGUGUGCCUCCCAAGUAAAACACACACACAAACAAAAAGCAGAAGAUAAGUUGUUAUUGAUUGACUUGCAGAAAAGUAGAAACUGCCCUGUGUGGGGCUUUUGUAAAGAAAUGGCAUUUUCUCACCAAGCACGUGCCAUCCAGUUCUUUGUCAAUCACACUGUAGGAAGCAGAAAAGGAAGAAACGCUUUGCAUGGUCUUGUGGUCUCAUUCUAACUGGUGUAAGAAUCUUGACUUUUUUACAUUUGGAAACAUCAAAUAAAAAUGGAAACACA